CAUACAAUAGCAACCACACAAAUUUUUUGUCUUGAAUCAAGUUCUUCUAUUUAUUUUCACAUUAACAAGUUAUAUUAUGUAUUAUUCAUAGUGAUAACUAAACUUAUGUCAUAUUAACAUGUUGUGUCGAGAAUUGUCGAUCUAAUUACAAAUAAUACUUUAUUAACUUUAUAUUCACCUAAUUUGUGUUUCGUAUGCUCAGAUUUUCUGUGGAUGGCACACCAAUUAGAGAAUUCAAGAAUGCCGAAUCAGUGGGUGUUGCAUACCCCAAAAACCAAGCAAUGAGGAUAUACUCCAGCUUAUGGAAUGCUGAUGACUGGGCCACACAGGGUGGUCGAGUCAAGACAGACUGGACCAAAGCUCCUUUCACUGCCUCUUACAGAAACUUCAAUGCCAAUGCCUGUGUAUGGUCUUCUGGUUCAUCUUCUUGCAGUUCAAGCUCUUCAUCAUCAUCUUCAACCUCUGGCAAUAAUUCAUGGUUAAAUGAAGAGUUGGAUUCCACAAGCCAAGAAAGGCUUAAAUGGGUUCAGGAGAACUAUAUGGUUUAUAACUAUUGUUCUGAUUUGAAGCGCUUCCCUCAAGGCUUCCCUCCCGAAUGUGCUCUCAACAACUCAACAUAGGAAAGAGAAGGGUUGCUUAACAUAUAUUGUCCUUUGAGCAGAGCUUUUUCCCCAUAGCAAUUCUUGGUUUCUUGUUUGGUUUAUGUAAUUCAAUUCUUUUAUUCUUUUUAUUUUGG